AUGUCAAAAUGCAUAGCCACUAAGCAAUCACCAAAGAAUAAUAUGCAAUUUUCAUUAAGACAAUACAUUCGCACCGAACAUGAGUACACAAUAAACAAUAGAAACAAUAGAACGGACAAUAAACUAAACUGUAGAGUAACUCAUGCUGGCCAAAAUCUGUUACAUUACCCCACAAACAGAACCUUAUCGGUGUUCAAUGUUCCCUUUUUACGUCUUCGUUCUCGAUGCGCCCUCUUUACGGGCACAUCCACAACAAUCGCCUUUCGUCGUACAUACAUCCGACCUCACUACUACAGACCUCAAGCCCAGUCCCCCGUCCAAAAAUUCCGAGCAUCUUUACACCGUCUCGACAGUCGCUUUUCUCGCCUCUCUCCCAAUCGGGUCAUAUAUACCUUCAUCGCAUUGAACGUGCUGAUAUUUACAUUAUGGCGAUACGCUAUAUACAAAGCUCGCUCUCAGGGUGAUCCGCGCCUGUAUUUAUUUAUGGUGAAGAAUUUCAUGCAAAGUAGAGCGAAUUUCGAAGACGGGAGUUGGAUAUGGACUGCAUUGACGAGUGCGUUUAGCCAUUCGGAUUUGGGUCAUUUAGGUGUUAACAUGCUGGUAUUAUGGAGUUUGGGAACACCGACAUUACAAGUCUUAGGACUGCGGCGAUUCCUAACAGUCUACUUCCUAUCCGCCAUAACUUCCUCACUUGGCUCAUUAAUACUAACACUCUCACCUGGGUCUCGUCCUUCCAAUAAACUAUCUCUUCCCUCUGCUCACCCAGUUUCUCGCGCACCCUUGAGAACUUCUCAUGGUGCAUCAGGUAGCUUAAUGGGUAUAUCCACAGUGUUCGCCCUGAUGUUUCCGUGGGAGACGUUAAUUGUUUUGUUUGUCCCUGCACCGGCGAUAGUUGUUGUUGCGGGAUAUGUUGCUUAUGAUGCAUACAGUGCGUGGAAGCAAUCUGGUGGGAGGAUUGAUUCUGGGGCGCAUUUGGGCGGGGCAGUGUUUGGGGCCGGGUAUUAUCUUUUGAGAUUAAGACCCUUUUUUAGAAUGUAG